CCCUCUCUAGCACUGAUCCAGUGAUCAGGUGACAGUAAAAAUGGCCGGAUCAGAUGUUGAACGAUGGUUAGAACUGGCCAAAGGUUGUAAAUAUCUACCAGAAAACGACUACAAGAAACUUUGCGAAUAUGUUUGCGAACUACUGCUUGAAGAAAGUAAUGUACAGCCAGUCUCCACCCCAGUCACUGUGUGCGGCGACAUCCAUGGACAGUUUUAUGACUUAGAGGAACUGUUCCGAUGUGGAGGACAGAUACCUGAUACCAACUACAUUUUCAUGGGUGACUUUGUUGACCGUGGUUACUACAGCUUGGAGACCUUCACCAGGUUGCUUACCCUUAAGGCAAAAUGGCCGGAUCGCAUCACGCUUCUCCGUGGCAACCAUGAAACAAGACAGAUUACCCAAGUCUACGGUUACUACGAUGAAUGUCUGACCAAGUAUGGUAACGCCAAUGCCUGGCGAUACAGCACAAUGGUCUUUGACAUGUUGACAGUAGCUGCCAUCAUUGACGAGCAAAUUCUUUGUGUUCACGGCGGACUGUCACCAGACAUCAAGACCCUGGACCAGAUGCGAAUCAUCGACAGAGGCCAGGAAAUCCCACACAAAGGAGCCUUUUGUGAUAUUGUCUGGUCUGAUCCGGAAGAUGUGGACACAUGGGCCAUUAGUCCAAGAGGUGCUGGCUGGCUGUUUGGUUCCAAGGUUGUUGAUAAGUUUGAAGAGAUUAAUGGUCUGACGCUGAUCUGUCGAGCUCAUCAGCUAGUUCAGGAAGGCUACAAGUACAUGUUUGAUGAGAAGAUAGUGACAGUGUGGUCAGCGCCUAACUACUGCUACCGUAGCGGCAAUGUGGCGUCUAUCCUGGAGUUCAGGGAUGCCGACGCCAAAGUUGGGAAAAUCUUCAGUGCGGUCCCAGACUCGGAGCGAGUCAUACCAAGCCAGCCAACAACACCCUACUUUCUUUGAUUGCCAAAUUAUUAUUAUUAUUUUAUUGAUUUUUUGGGGGGGUCAUGAAAUGUUCUGACAUCAUGUGUUUUCCAUGCAAGUGCUGUGUUAGCAGAUUCUGUUCCGGUUUUGGAUUGGUUAUUUUCAGUUUCUAUAAAUUCAACGAUUCAAUUUGAAUGUCUACUGGUCUUUCCACUUCCAAGUUUUGUUAACGUUCACAAAUGCCCAAUUAUAUAUGCAAAUUAUGCAUGCUAGGCAAUUUAACACCUCCAUACUUGAUAUUAAUUAUGCAAUGUAAAUGCAAGUAUUCAAAUACAUUUCAUGUUUGUAGCCAAUUGUCUGUGGGCUUUACAGUACUCGUUUCAGGUAAAUCUAAACAAAAAUUGCUCCACUGCCAAAUACUUGACACUUGAAUUACACAGACUUGUUUGACUGACAAAUUUUUUGUCAUCAGUAAGACUUUUUAUGAAUUUUGAAAUAUGCUGUUGAAAGACAAAGGACUGGCAUGAGAUAUUUAAGUCCAAUUCUGGAAGUCUUUUUCUACACAAGUUUACUUGAGUUGUUAUAUAUUUUUAUUAAUUCACAGUAUUUUGUCAUCAAAAUUUAGAAACAGGGAAUUCUCUGUGAAUUACCAUUUGUCAAUGAUUGAAAUGAAUUAGUAAAUUAAAAGAGAAAUGGUAACAAUAGAAGAACUUUUUAA